CGUCGUUAGAAAUCGCGAGAUAUCUUUCUUUUGGUUUUCUCUUUUCUGGGUUGCGAAAAUCAAAGCUCUUUUUUUCAAGCUCGAAAGUCGUAAUCCAACUGAAUUCCGACCAUUCCAACCCACACCGAAAUAAUAACCCAUUUCGAUUUCCCUGCCACUCCCCUCCUUAUAAUGUUCACGCCUCUGCACCACCACCCAUAACAAACGUCCAAACACCAUCACCAUCGUUCAUACCCUCUCUCUCUCUCUCUCUCUCUCUCUCUCCUGCUAGCUAGUUCUCUCUUUCGGGUUGUAAAGGAUGAACGAUAUUUCUGGGUCGAAUGAAAGAAGUGGCAAUGGCGACCUAACGAGUGAAGGCCGGAGGAAAAGCUGUUGGUAUGAAGAAGAGAUUGAGCAGGAUUUGAGAUGGUGCUAUGCUCUCAAUAGUAUUUUGCAUACAGGAGCUAGUCAGUACCAGGACAUUGCGCUGUUGGACACAAGGCCCUUUGGAAAGGCUCUAGUCAUUGAUGGGAAGCUUCAAAGUGCAGAGAUGGAUGAAUUCAUCUACCAUGAAUCGCUUGUUCAUCCAGCACUUCUUCACCACCCCAAUCCAAAGACCAUAUUUAUUAUGGGAGGAGGUGAAGGUUCCACUGCAAGAGAGAUCCUGAGGCACAAAAAUGUUGACAAGGUGGUCAUGUGCGAUAUCGACGAGCAAGUAGUGGAUUUCUGCAAGUCAUACCUGGUUGCAAACAGAGAAGCUUUCUGUGAUACCAGGCUUCAUAUCACAAUCAAUGACGCCAGGGCUGAGCUAGAAAGGAGAGAAGAAUGUUUUGAUGUGAUAAUCGGUGAUUUGGCGGACCCCAUAGAAGGGGGUCCAUGUUACCAACUCUACACCAAAUCAUUUUAUGAAUCCACCGUUAAACCCAGACUCAAUGAGGGUGGAAUUUUUGUUACACAGGCUGGGCCAGCAGGAGUGUUCAGUCAUACAGAGGUUUUCUCUUGCAUUUACAACACUCUGAGACAGGUUUUCAAAUAUGUUGUGCCUUACUCAGCUCAUAUUCCAUCCUACGCUGACACUUGGGGAUGGGUGAUGGCAUCAGAUUCCCCGUUCAAAGCAGAUACCGAAGAGUUGGAUGCCAGAAUCAAGCAAAGGAUCAAGGGGGAGAACAGAUAUCUCGACGGGAAGACUUUCGCGUCUGCUUCAAUCUUGAGCAAAGCUGUUAGGAAAUCACUAGACAAGGAGACUCAAGUGUACACAGAAGGAACAGCGAGGUUCAUCUACGGCCAUGGUACUGCCCACAAACUCAAUCAUGCUCAUGCUUAGAAGAGGAAUGGAAGGGAGCCCCUUAAAAAGCACACGGACAAAGCUGAAUCUCUCUCUGUUUACCUCUGUUGUUAAUUUGCUAUGCUUAAAAUUGAAAGAAAGAUACAAUGGUACUGCUUUAUAAGCUUUAUAUGUAAUUAAUCCUUGUUGCCAUAUGGAUCACUGUUUUAGUUUCAUUUAAAAGAAUGAGUGACAUUACAGAUUGAGAGAAAUCCCUCGUCAAAUUUGUGACAUCCUAGAGUAUACCCAACAAAAAAAAAAAGAAAAUUACAUCUUAGGCCGUUCA